AUGGCCAUGGCUCCUUUUGAUUAUGGAUGUAUUAUUGAUCUAAAUAAAAUCAAUAGUACUAUUCUUAAGAUAAUAAAUUAUUCAAAAUAUCUCGUUCAGAAUAAUAUAGACCUCGAUUUAGAAGAUCCAGAAUUUAAUGAUAUUCAGGCUGAAUGUAAGCGCAUUCGUACAUGUGAUGCUUAUAACUACAUUACCCUUUUUGUAAUACAUAACUUAAAUUUCGCACCGGCGGUCAAUGAAAUACUGGACAAUUUAGAAUUUUACCCUACACCAAAUGAAUACUUAACUUCAAUAGCAGACGAAUAUAGCAAGGAUAUGGGUGAUGAAGAAGAAUAUAACUAUAUUCAUGUUUUUCCACAAACAUUGAAGGAUUUUCUAAUUGAUACUUUGUUAAUGGAUGAUCUUGACGCUUUUUUAUCCAAACUAUUUGGUCGCAAUAUUGGAACAACCAUUUUUGGUGAUAGAAUUAGCAUAUGCUUUCAAUGCAAACAAUAUCCUUGA